AUGAUCGGCAGGGCGAGCAAACUCGGUAAAGAGGAAUGGUCACUGAUGCAGGGAAAGGAAAUCCAGCAGAGCAGAUGGCGGCGCUCCCCUCGUAAUCCAAAUUUACCCAGAAUGUCACAGAGGAACCGCAAAAAGACCAAGAACAGUCGUGACUGCCACUUGGAGAGGAAGGAGAUGCGGGUGAAGGAUCUCGGCCUCGGCUACGACUCAGAUGAGAUAGUCCUCUUUAAGUACUGUGUUGGCACAUGCCACAGCUCCCGCAAAAACUAUGACCUGGCCCUCAAGGCUCUGAUGGCCAAUGGGAGCAUCUCCGGCAAGAAUGUCAGCAGUCACCCCUGCUGUCGGCCUAUCCGCUAUGAGACUGUGUCCUUCAUGGAUACCCAGACUACAUGGCAGACAAUUAAGUGGCUCUCGGCGGCCAACUGCAGCUGUGUGGGCUGAUUGCAAAUAAUAGUGUCUAUCUGUAAUACACACACAUGCUCUUGUGUGAAAGAGCAGGACGCUCCAAGCCUGGUCUCUGUAGUGGGUGACUUGGACUUGGACCCUGGUUCAUGUGGUCUGAGGAAUCGGCCUUGGAUGAGAUCCACAGUGCAGUGGCCUGGACUGUCCCGCCACUACUAGCUUUAUCAAUGGAGGUUCAAAUACCUUCAGAUAGAGCCUGACGGCACCAGCAAGCUAUCUGGCUGUCUGCCACCAGCCUGGGGCCACCAGCAAUAAGCAUAGAGGAGGAAACUAUCAGUACUGUUCCAGUCCAUAGUGGAUUGGAUUUUGUCACCUUCAUUCAGCAUAUCGAAGGCUUUUGGGGUAAUGCAACACCCUCUGGCAGCCAUGUUGGAAGUCUUCAGCAGUACCAGUUUUCUGCAGAAAAUAUGAGUAGAAGUAGAAGCUAGCAUUUAAAGAGGCUAACUGCAUGCAGACAUUUGUGGCUGAAACAUACAGACUCCAGCAGGUAUGAUGGUUCAAAUGUUUCUUAAUUUGUGUUCACAAGUUAUUAAUUUGUGCCAAUUAAUUUACUGUUAACAUUGUCAUCUAUUAUGCUAUCUAUGAACUUUAACGGGUGUCAAAGAUAAAAGAAGCCUUAAAGCAAAAACCUGAAGGCUAUCCACUUACAAGUAUCUCAAUCCAAAAUCAAAAUAAACCUGUUUUAAUUGUC